AUGCCAUGGUUCCUAAUAGUUUCUAUGUUAAUACAUUCAGCAUUAGCGCAGGAAACUGAUAUUAAUGUUAUAUCAAAAGACAAUUGUCCACCCCCUCUUAUAGUUAGGGACGUUGAGAAAGAUGAUUCACAAGUGUGUUUUGAUGAUUGUUGUGUUGCCUGUCCAUUUGUGAAUAAUUUCUAUGAAGUGAACAAAAUCGAUUACACAUUUAAAGGUUUUGCGAUUGUAGGAAUAAUUUCUUUCUUCUUGAUGAUUUUACUUAGUAUUUUUUUUUACGCACUUCCGAGUCAAAAACAAAAUCCGUUAUCGAGGCAAAUGUUGUUGCCCCUUGCCAUAAGUGUGAUGUAUUUCGAAGGUUCUGAAUUUUUCACUUUAUUACAACAAAAAUCUCAGUGCGUCAACCAUAUUACUCCGGCGAAUCAGAAUAAUAAUAUAUUAUGCGCUAUUCAAGCAUUUUUCACACUUGGAGGAGGGUAUGCGAUAUCAUGUUGGUCUGCUCUUUUGAUGAUACAUCUACAUUUGAUGUCGGUAUGGCGCAUAGAAUUCAUAGCAAAGAAAAUAGUUUACUUCCAUGGUAUUAUAAUUGGGAUUACAUCGUUAGCGAUUAUAAUUCCUUUCGCUAGCAAGAAGGUUCAAUCAAAUAAUAUAUGCUUUAUUUCCCCGGAUUCGUCCACCGCGUAUUUUUACUUUUUAUCCUUUAUUUAUGUCGCAUUUAUCGCGCACGUCUCAACCUUUGUCUAUAUGGCUCACAUUACAAUCGAUUCGAAUCGACGUUAUUCACCAGAAAGGGAUUUAUCAAUACGAGCCUCUUUUAUCGAAGCACAACGAAAGGUUACUUAUGUAAAAGCAAUCUUUAUGAUGCAAUGGCGUGCAUUAUUAGGUGCUUCAUUAAUGUUGGCGAUAUAUGUCAUAAAUUGGAAUUAUUAUAUUAUUCAACUUGAACCGAAUACCGACCCCAUGUUAAUAAAUUCGUGGUUACCAGGAUGGAUUCGAUGUUUGAUUACUUAUAAAGAUCAAAACAUUUGUGCUAAAAUGGUAGAAAAUGAUGUCGUUCCUUAUAGCUAUACCUUUAUGCUGUUAUUUUUUAAUAGAACAGCGGGUAUCUUAAUCUUCGUAAUCUUUGCGGCCAAGAAAGCCAUUCUGGUAGAAGCUUAUGAUCAUAUAAUUAGAAAGUCAUCUUCAAGAAGUAUGGAAUUGACUACAUCGUAUAUUGAGACUGAUUCAAAUAGAUUUUCAUCCCUUCGUAUUUCGGUUAAAGAAAGAACACGUUCCGUAUUGAGUGCCGGAAGCAGAUCCUCAAUCAUAUCAUUUGGUGAAAAAUCAAGAUUUUCAAUAACGAAUUGGAAAUCUGCAAAUUCAAAUGUUAUCGAUGCUUCGACGGUAACUUCUCAAGAUAGACAAAGCGUAAUAAGAAAUAGCGAGACACCUUCGAUUCCAAGAACGGGAAGAGCUUCUGUAACAUUUUCACAGCCUUUACCUUUAAAAAGGAAUUCGAGUAAAGUUCUGUCAAGGGAUGACAGCGGAACGUUAUCACAUUCCCGAUCAAAUUCUUCUGUAUCGAGUCGACGAGUUUCACGACAUAUUUCUUCUAGAUCCUUAUCAAUGGAAGAAUAUCCUCAUUUGACAAAAGUUAUUACAAUACCUAAAGUUGCUUUAACCCAUAAUUCUAAAAGUGCUCCUCCGUCACCUGGUGUAGAAAGAGAAAGUCGCAUUACCUUUGAAAUUGUUCGUCAAUGGAAAUUAGAACAAGUUUCUUAUUGGUUACAAGAAAAUAAUUUUAGGGAAUAUCAAAAAAUAUUUGCUGAAAACGAUAUCAAUGGAGAAGUUUUACUCGAAUUGGAUCACGACAUCCUUAAAGAAUUGAAAAUAAGAUCCGUUGGCGACCGCAUUAGGAUGUUAUUAGCCGUUAAAUCAUUAUUAAAAAUUUGUCGGGGAAAUAUUAUUUAUCCUUAUACCCCGACCAAAUUCUUAUGCAGAUGCAAGGAAUUGAGUACACCAGAGACCGAUAAAUUCCCUACGACACUUGCUAGAUCAGAUUCGUUGCCUAGAAUAACUCGUUCAAAUUCGAGUCAUCGUAUAAAUUCACCCAAAUCUCCUUCAUCUAACAAACUAUCUCAAGAGACUACAAUCAUGUCUAUAGAAAGCGUUAAACAGCGAUGCAUUAAAGUUAUUGGAGAAGAUGGUCAAUCUUCACGAACCAUUCCGAUAAAUGAUGUUAGUGAUGCCAAGUCCAUUCUCGCAAGAGUUUUACAAAAAUUCAAUAUCAAGGAUGAUGUUGAAAGAUAUUCAUUGUUCACAACCUUAAGUGAUUCAGGAUCAGCAAGGUGCUUAACAGAUGAGGAGGUUGAAAAUAUAUGUAAAAGUGCAGAUCGUCAGGAAAGAGAGAGAUUAUUUUUAAGAAAGAAACAUCUUCCAAUGAAUCAUGAAACAUUUAAGAAACAUAUGAGAGAUAAGAAAUUGGCAAAUUUCUUUGGAGAAAAGCCUCCGAGUAUACCACAAGGAAUAACCCAAAAGAAACUAAGAAAUUUCUUUGGGCAAAGGCCUCCAUCAGAGUUAAUUUCAUUGAACCUUACGGAAUAUUUUCCCGGUCAUGAUAGUGAAGAGCUAGAGCGUAGUGUUAGAUUUUCCAUGAGAAGAGCUUCUAGAAGUUCAAUGUCUUCAAAAUAUUCUUCUAGGCCUAGAUCAAAACGGAUUUCAAGGCUUUUUGAGAAUAAUCCAAGACAAUCAAGUCUAUUAUCCCCUUUAAAUGAUGAUCCGGAUGAUGCAACUAUUUUUGAAGAAGUUGGAGAUGAAUUUGAAGAUUUUGAUAGUUUUGAAGAUAAUCACGAUGAACUUAAUUCGCUUGAAGAAGCAGUUACCAAAUCCAUUUUUAAAUGGAUACAAGGAACUUUGAUUGGGAUGGGAUCUUUUGGUAGUGUAUACUUGGCACUUAAUUCCAUCACCGGAGAAUUGAUGGCGGUUAAACAAGUCGAAUUGCCUACUGGACAAUCCGCAAACGAAGAGAGGAAGAAAUCUAUGUUAGAUGCCUUACAAAGAGAAAUUUCACUUUUACAAGAGCUACAACAUGAGAACAUAGUACAAUAUCUCGGAACAGAACAUAAAAAGAAAACAUUAAAUAUUUUCUUGGAAUAUGUUCCUGGUGGAUCAGUAGCUACAAUGCUUAACAAUUAUGGACCAUUAGAAGAACCCCUAAUUAGAUCAUUCAACAGACAAAUCUUACAAGGAUUAAAUUAUCUUCACGAAAAAGAUAUCAUUCAUCGUGAUAUCAAGGGUGCUAACAUUUUAGUUGAUAAUAAGGGUGGUGUCAAAAUAUCAGAUUUUGGUAUUUCAAAGAAAGUUGAAGAUCAAAUUAUGGCGACAUCCUUAAGUAGGCCUUCAUUACAAGGAUCCGUAUUUUGGAUGGCACCAGAAGUUGUUAAGCAAACAUCUUAUACAAGCAAAGCUGAUAUAUGGAGUUUGGGAUGUUUGAUUGUGGAAAUGUUUACGGGAACUCAUCCGUAUCCACAAUUUACUCAAAUGCAAGCAAUUUUCAAGAUUGGUGUUGAAUCUAUUUCACCAGAGAUUCCUGAAAAUAUAUCAAAUGAAGCCGAAGACUUUCUGAAAAAGACAUUUGAACCGAAUCAUGAUGACAGGCCUACGGCUAAAGCUCUUUUAACUCAUCCAUUUUCUGCAUCAACGUCAAAAUCUAAUGUACAAUUAUCACCUUAA